CGGCAUCCGAUCGAUACGUCUCCCAGAUCUCCACCAAUCAGACAUCGAAGAUAAGGUUAAGCUCGUGAGAUCGGCUCGCUCUGGUUCCGCAUCGUCUCUAGGUGCUGGCGAUCAGGUGUCUCGAAUGUUGGAGUGGCUCUGGGACGCAGCCGUUCGCCCGAUUCUAGGUGAGCUGGGGUUUUUGGAACCUCCAUCAGACGACAGCUGGCCUCGGGUCUGGUGGAUCCCGACUGGUCCGCUGAGCUUGCUACCGCUGCACGCGGCCGGCCGCCCGUUCCCACACUCCACGGAGUCGGCGCUGGACAGGGUGGUAUCAUCCUAUAGCUCCUCCGUCAAGGCACUUCUGUACAGCCGCCAGAACUCGCAGAAUAAGGAUCUCGACUUCGUGUCCGGAGAGGCCUUGCUCGUGUCGAUGCACACAACUCCGACAUAUUCCGACCUUGUGUUUGCCGAAGAGGAGGUGAAGAAGAUGGCCGAUAUUCUCCCGGACUCCAUUCGAAAGGUGACGUUGAAUCGGCCCUCCAGAGACGAUGUUAUGGCGGGCCUGAACACGUGCACCAUAUUUCAUUUUGCCGGCCAUGGCGAGUCGCACCCUCCGCAGCACCCGAAAACGCCAGCGGUCUGCCUUCGCAAUACGCGAAUCGAGCCCAAAGUACGCUUUCAUCCCGGUGGGAGAGAUCUCCUAAGGCCCACUGCUAACUCGUGUCAGUUGAGGACUACCCAACCGGGUAUUCCCGGUUCUCGGCGCUUAUCGCAUCUCAUCCUUCAUUCCAUCUCUGUCGCUGCUUCGCAAAUCUACGCGCACGCCUGCUCCUGCUGAAGCAAGAUAGACUGUCUAUGCUGGAGGAGCGGCUGGAAGGGAUCGACCGACAAGAGACUGUCCCCUUACGCCUCGGGUGCAGUCGGAGGGAUAAUAAUAGCGAAAGGAUAUCUAUUGUCUCCGAUAUCGAGAAAACCCUGGCUGAAUAUGGUUAGGCGCUUUCUGUCUUAUUCUCUGGGGGGUGAUCUUGCUGAUUCAUAGUAGAUGAGCUGAUAGAGAGGAAUCACCGGAUUCUUAGUCUCGAGGCCGCAAAGCCAAGAGAUAUAUUCAAUUUGCAAAAUUGGGUUAACGGGAACGGCUACAUGGCUAGGAAAGAGACUGCAUACCUGACAUCCCACGAAGUGCUUAGCGUAGCCGCACCGGACGACUAUGCCGUCUCAUGGUUGGAGACGCUAGUCGAAGGUGGCCUCGUUCGUCUCUGCGACUACUGCG